AGUUAAAUGUCAUUUUCAUGCGCGUGUUUGAGGUUAAAAUCGGCAAUUUCUCAACUUUUCAUUCGGUUUAUUUCUCAACGUUGUGAUUCCAAAAAUCUGUGAACAAAAAUGGCUUUAUCCGUACCAAAAGCUCCAGGAGUCGCGCAAAUGCUAAAGGAUGGCGCCCGGAUGUACAGUGGUCUAGAGGAGGCCGUCUAUCGUAACAUCACUGCCUGUAAAGAAUUUGCGCAGACAAUGCGGUCCGCCUACGGUCCCAACGGCAUGAACAAAAUGGUCAUCAAUCACAUUGACAAACAAUUUGUAACCAGUGAUGCUGGCACCAUCAUGCAGGAAUUGGAUGUAGAACAUCCAGCGGCAAGACUCAUUGUCAUGGGUAGCCAAAUGCAGGACGCCGAAGUAGGCGAUGGCACUAAUUUCGUUGUUAUCUUUGCGGGUGCACUACUUGAAGCUGCCGAGGAGCUCCUACGGUUGGGUAUAACUACCUCUGAAAUUGCUGAUGGUUAUGAGAAAGCUUUGGAAAAAGCAUUGGAAAUUCUUCCUAAACUUGUAUGCCAUGAAAUUGAGGACUACCGCGAUGUGAAUAAAGUCACAGAGUGCCUUAAAACAGCUAUAAUGUCAAAACAAUAUGGACAGGAAGAAUUCCUUACCGAACUGGUAGCAAAGGCCUGUGUUGCGAUACUACCAGACCAAGGCACCUUUAAUGUAGAUAAUAUCCGUGUUUGCAAAAUUUUGGGCUGCGGACUGAAUAAAUCUGAAGUCGUACAUGGUAUGGUGUUCAAACGCUAUGUCGAAGGUGAUGUCACUUUUGCGGAGAAAGCCAAGGUGGCAGUAUUCUCAUGCCCAAUCGACAUCAUACAGACAGAAACUAAAGGUACUGUAUUAAUAAAGUCCGCUGAUGAGUUGAUGAAUUUCUCUGCUGGUGAAGAGAGUUUACUUGAGGCCCAAAUUAAAGGACUUGCCGAUGCCGGUAUUAAAGUGGUCGUCUGCGGCGGCAAAGUGGGUGAUAUGGCCUUACAUUUCAUAAAUAAAUACAAUCUGAUGGCUGUACGUUUGAACUCCAAAUUUGACUUACGCCGUUUAAGUCGCACAGUAAAUGCCACUGUGCUGCCGCGCAUCACCACACCCACCAACGAAGAGUUGGGCUACUGCGAUAAAGUGUGUGUUGAAGAGCUGGGCGGCACCACUGCUGUGGUUUUUAGAAACGAAGGCAAGGAUGCCCGUAUUUCCACCAUUGUCAUACGUGGCGCCACCGACAACUUCAUGGAUGACAUUGAACGUGCUGUGGAUGAUGGUGUAAAUAACUUCAAGGGCUUGACGCGUGAUGGACGAUAUGUGCCUGGCGCUGGUGCCACUGAAAUCGAAUUGGCCUCGCAACUGGCUAUAUAUGCUGAUACCCUACCCGGCCUAGAGCAGUAUGCUGUGCGUAAAUUCGCAACCGCUUUGGAAGCAUUCCCAAAAGCUUUGGCUGAAAACUCUGGUGUGAAUGGUACCGAUGUUGUAAAUGCGCUGUAUCUUGCACACAAAAAGUCCAGUGGAAAGAAUAUUGGCUUCAAUAUUGAGACCGAAAAAGCAGAUACUAUCGAUGUGACUAAAACACAUAUCUACGAUCUGUUUCAAGCGAAAUACUGGGCCCUGAAAUAUGCAGUAGGUGCUGCCACUACAAUUCUAAAGGUCGAUCAAAUUAUAAUGGCGAAACGCGCUGGCGGACCAAAGCCUCGACAGGCCGCGGGCAGCGAUGAUGAAAGUUAGAUUGCCUUAGCAAAGACGUCGGCGUUGGAUAAGAUCUGCAUUAAUUUAUCACGUAUUACCAUUUCUCAUAUUAAAACGUACAUAAUUUACUUAGUUUUCAGCUACUUACACAAUUUGGAAAUAACGUUUAUAAUUAACUAAACGAGCGCUAUUCGUAUAUAGAUAAAACUUUUCCAUUAUUUCGUUUUUUGAGUGUUUUAUAAAUCACUGAAACUUUGUAAGCAACACAUUUUGGAGCAUUACUCUUUCAAGUUGGCUACAGCUUGAAGCAACAGAAUAAUAAAUUAACACAAAAAAACUUA